AUGGCUGCCGCAACAGGCGACCAGAAGCGCAAGGCGAGCAGUUUAAGGUCCAUUCUCGCGGGCUCGACUGCUGGCGCGAUUGAGAUUGCAAUUACUUAUCCAGCUGAGUUCGCGAAGACUCGGUCCCAACUCAACCGCCGAUUAGCGGACUCACAGAAGCUCCCAUGGCCGCCGUUUGGGAAACAGUGGUAUGCCGGAUGUACAACAUUGAUAAUCGGAAACUCCCUGAAGGCUGGGAUUCGAUUCGUUGCCUUCGACACAUACAAAUCGCUUCUGCAAGAUGAAAAUGGAAAGAUGACGGGGCCAAAAACUGUCAUUGCUGGCUUUGGAGCCGGGGUUACAGAGUCAUUAUUAGCAGUCACCCCAUUCGAAAGCAUCAAAACGCAAUUAAUCGAUGACCGCAAAUCGGCCAAACCACGUAUGCGGGGGUUCAUUCACGGUAGCAAGGUGAUAUUCCGAGAGCGAGGUAUUGCAGGCUUUUUUCAAGGGUUUGUCCCGACUACAGCAAGGCAAGCGGCGAACUCGGCGACUCGGUUCUCGAGUUACACAAUGUUAAAGCAAAUGGCAGAAGGCUAUGUUGCGCCUGGUGAGAAACUAGGCACAGCCAGCACAUUCGCUCUUGGCGGAAUUGCGGGUAUCAUUACUGUAUACGUUACUCAACCUCUUGACACAGUCAAAACCAGAAUGCAAUCCCUCGAGGCGAGUCGGAAUUAUAAGAACAGCUUCGUCUGCGCUGCGCGGAUUUUCAGGGAUGAGGGCCUUCUCACAUUCUGGUCUGGAGCCGUUCCCAGAUUAGCUAGACUGAUUAUGAGCGGUGGAAUUGUCUUUACCAUGUACGAAAAAUCUAUGGAUCUCAUGGACUCUCUAGACCCGGAGAGGAAGUAUAUAUGA